AUGAACCUCCGAUCGAUCGUCUCGCUGGCCAUUUGCCCCGGCGAACGGUUUCCUUUCGGUUACUUGCGGCGUCGAACGCCAGAAGGAGCGGAGGGGAUGGAGAAGCCCGUGGGCUCCGUAUGGACGGAGAUGAAGACCGAAGAGAAGCUCCAUACGCUUCUCUCGUGGAUGAAGAAUUUUCAGCUUGCUUCGCCGCACAACUCGUUCACCGACCUUACAAGUGGUGAAGCUAUUGCUGAACUGCUCAAUAAGAUUGAUGGAGAAUUUUUCACAAAUGACUGGCUCAAAUCCAUCUGUUUUGGAACAACUGACCCCUUCAUGAAGAAGCGCAACCUUCGGAUCACCCUGGAGAGGCUUGAAGAUGGCUUUAGUGUUCGACUGAAGCAGCAAGGAGAUUUUCCUUUCCCUCAGGAGAAAGACAUCAGUGAAAAGAGGGAUGUUGGUCAGCUGGUGACCCUUCUGCAACUUGUGCUCUGGUAUUCUGUGCAUUGUGAGCAGUCAAGGGAGAUUGUUACACAGAUUCAGCAGAUGGACCAAGCUCUUCAAACAUCCAUCAUGAUGUCCAUUACGGAUAUUCAACAUCGCAGUGAUGUCUCUUCUGAUACACCUGACAGUAUUCCUGGGGGGAUCCCCAAACCUGGCCCCAAUAGCAUUGACAUCUCAAGUAAUUCAGAUGAAGUGGAGAAACUUCGCCUGGAAAAUGAAGACCUCAAGCUUUCCCUGGUUUCCACAAAAGAGAGUCUGCUUACUAUGAGGAGUGAGUGUGAUACCUUGAGGCGCCAGCUGAAAGAAGUGGAACGUACAGUUGGAGGAAUGCCACAAACAGUUCCUCAAUUGAAGAUCAGGAUUCAAGAAUUGGAGGACAUGAUUGAAAAAGUGGAAAGCACAAAAGAAGAGCUCAGACAGCAAGUCACUGAACUGGAAAAGCAGUUAAAAACAGCCAAAUCUGGUAAUAUGACACUCAUGCAGGAGCAAAGGAGGCUUCAGGAUGAGGUGGAUGCCUUACGAGAAAGUCAGGAUAAGCUGACACAUUUAGAGAAGACAGUUCAAAAUUUGUCCAAGAGUGCAGAGGAAGUCCCACUGCUGCGAAGUCGAGUUCAGGACCUGAAGGAGCAGUGUGAGGAGCAUUUGAAGGAGAAGAUUCGUCUGGAAGAGACGAAGCGUGCAAUGCCACGUCUUCAGGCUGAAUUGGAUAAAUAUGCAAAGGAACUUGAGGGAAAAGGGAAGCAGCUGGAAGAAGAGACUCAGAAGGUUGCAAAAGAAAGAUAUGACAACAAAGUCCUGAGAGAGAAGAUUCAGGUUCUUGAAAUGGAGAAGAAGUCGUGGCUGGAAGAGAAGGAGAAAUGGGAAGAGACCAAUUUGGAAUUAGGGGGGGGGAGGCUGAAGGCUGAUGGCCUUUAUGAUGUUCCCAUGGAUAUCAAAGAAAAGCUCCUUCGGCUAGAGCAUGAAAAUGAACAACUAAAGGCCCAAGAGAGUAUGGACUUGAAAGCACUGCAGCAGAAGCUCCAUGAAUCCAGAGAGCGUGAGGAAAUGCUGUCUGCCUCUAAUAAAAAGGCUCAGGAAAAAGUCUUUGAGUUGGAGCUCCAAAUCAACGAUCUGCCUGCAUUGUCUGGGGACUCAGCUAAGGAAAUGGAGCGUGUUUAUGCCCAGUUACAUGAGAAAGAUGUCACAAUUGCAGCCCUGCAGGACAGCCUUUCCCGAAAGACAGCAGAGAUGGACCAGAUGGAAGAGAGAUACAAGAAGUACAUAGUGAAAGCAAAAAUGGUAUUGAAAGCUAUGGACCCUCAGCAAGGAUCAGGAAGUAGCCAGUCUGAUGUCUCAUGCCUAAGGGAGCAACUGCUUGAGAAACAGAAGUUGAUUGAUAAGUUGCGUGAUGAACGGGAAAGGGACAAGGCCAUCCACGAGACAGAGCAGAAACUGAUGGCCUCGGCAUUUUACAACAUGGGGGUGCAGCUUGAGAAGCAAGCAAUGGACAGACGGCUGGCCAGCCUCAACGUCUUUGCUACUCGUAGAGAGGAUGAGUCUGCUUUGAGGACAAUUGUUCCUAGGGGCUAUCCAAAUGAUCACACACCUGCCAGCAUGGAAUGAUGAGACUUCUUGAUUACCACCUGCAGUCUCUCCUAUACUUUAGGCUUGACAAGGGUCAGUCAGUUUGUGGUAUGGUGAUACAUUCCGAAGUGCCUUCAGGGACAAGUGAAUGCGUUUCAACCAGAUUGUUUCCAUGAUUCAAGUGCUUCCUGCUCAACAUCCCUGCAUCUGAGUUGGACGCAUUUCCAUUAACCAAAGAUUGUGUGAUAUGGACUGUGCAUUAGCAUGCUUUAUAGUAGUAAUGUCAAGGCACUAAUAUGAAUGAUUUGACUUGAGUCAGGUAUCUGACCCUAAUGAGAUAAUGUUGGAAUUGCUACAAUUAUGAAACUUGGUGCAGCUGUCAAUUGUAGCCUCUAAUAUAGCACCUGCCUAACUCACCCCUUUUCUUGAUUGAUUUUUCACAAGAUUGUUGAGGUAGCACAAAUGCACUGACUUUCUUGUGAUAAAAAUACUUUUAUUUGUGAGAAAUAAAGCCAAUCAUGCAUUGGA